UCUUGCACACUGGAAAAUGCUAUUAUGCAAAAUUUAUUUUUCAGAUACAUAUCUGUGCUUACUAAUGCUAUCUUGAAAAAGUAUUUUCAUCCUGGAAACAAGUUUUCUACUAAGAAGUAUAAUGGCUCUGAAGCUUCUUAAGCAAAUAAGUUUUCUCUUCAUUAUGUUUGGCACUCUGGGCAACAUUUCUGUUUCUGUGAAUUAUAUGUUCAGUUUAUUAGGAGGCCCUGAGAAGAAACCCAUAAACUUUAUUCUCAUCCACUUGGCUUUUACAAACAUCAUAAUUCUUCUCACAAGAGGACUGAAAAUCACAAUAGCAGCUUUUGGUUUGAGAAACUUCCUAGAUGACAUAGGCUGUAAGAUCACUAUUUACCUGGAGAGGGUGGCCCGUGGUGUCUCCAUCUGCACCAGCAGUCUCCUCACUGUGGUCCAGGCCAUCAUCAUCAGUCCCAGAGCAUCUGGGUGGAGGAGGCUCAGACCAAAAUCUUCAUGGCACAUCCUUCUAUUCUUCUUAUUCUUUUGGAUACUCAAUGCUUUCAUAGGUGUGAACCUAAUCCAUUCAAUAACAAGUAUAAGUGUGAAUAUAUCACAGCUUAAGACCAGCUACAAAUAUUGCUAUUUUAUGCUAGAAAGUCAGAAAAUAAAAUGGAUUGUUCUCCCUCUCAUGGUCCUGAGAGACGCAGUGUUCCAGGGCGCCAUGGGAGGGGCCAGUGGCUACAUGGUGUUUCUUCUCCACAAGCACCACCAGCAUGUCUUCCAUCUUCAGAAAUCCAAGCUUCUCUACAGAACUCCCCCUGAGCUGAGAGCUGCUCAGAGUGUCUUCCUUCUGAUGCUCUGCUUUGUUUUCUUCUACUGGACAGAUUGUGCCUUUUCUCUAUUUCUAAGUCUCUCUUCAGGGGACAAGUCCUUGAUGGCAAAUAUUCAAGAAUUUUUGUCUCUUGGUUAUGCAACUUUUAGCCCCCUUGUACUGAUUCACAGGGAUAAAUAUCUGGCUGAGUGUUUGUAUGCUCAGUGA